UCAGUUAUUGCUAGUUUUUUAAAUGAUUUCUUUCCAAGUGCAGAGUCCAACACUUGUUAGCUCGUGAUAAUGGAGAGCGAUUGUGAAAGAUAUGUAGUUAUCACAAAUGUAAAACACGUUAAAGAGCGACAAGAUAUUUGCUUUAGAUGUUUAUCUUUUACACAAUUGUGAAUUAAAGUAAGUUGCUUUCGUUCGAAAGAAAUUAUGGAUAUCUUUGUAAAGUUGAACGAGCAAACGGCAGGGAGGGACAAACUAAUAAGGUUGCUUCAAUAUGGAAGUCGAGCGUAUUGGUACUAUGCACAAAAUGCGCACAGCACAAGAUACUCCGUAGAAAUUUUGAGAAGUUUGGAGUUUACUUUUAGCUCAUUUCGAAAAUUGCUGCGUUUUGGAAGAUGCUUAGAUAGCAUCUAUUCGGCUUUAAAAAUGAUGAAGUAUCCUGAUCCUACGGUGAGAAUAACAUUAACCAUGGCAAAGAUGGCAAAUGCUUUGUACUUACUAGCAGAUCAUUUCAUCUGGAUUGGCAGAGUAGGAAUUUUACGAGUUGAUUUAGAAAAAUGGAAUAAAGUUGCUAAUAAGUAUUGGUUACUAACUAUCGUUAUGAGUUUAAUAAGAGAUAUUUAUGAGAUUGUCAAGAUUUUGGAACACAAGAAGAAUGUAUUUAAACAAUAUUAUAUAUUAUCCUGUCUAAAAAAUCACAAGGAAGUAACGAUGGAUACUGUUAAAAAUGGAUGUGACUUAUUUAUUCCAUUGACAGCAUUAGGUGUCACAAAAUGUACUCCAGGUACAAUAGGUUUACUUGGAAUAAUUUCUUCAUUAAUUGGUUUAUAUACAAUUAUCGAUCCACUUUAUAAAUUGUCUCCUUAAGAUAAGACACUUUGUUAACUCCUAUACUUUUAUACAUGUAAGAUAUAUAUAUAUAUAUAUAUUCGUUAUAUUAUUCGUAUAUGUCUAUACGUGGAGAGAGAGAGAGAGAGAGAGA